AUGUUCAAUGAAUAUUUUGUUUCCAUCUUCUCCUCUGACUCGGACGUCGCCUAUGAACAUGGUGAUCGUCUGCAUAACGUAGAGUUUGAGAAUAUCACAUUAUCGGAGGAAGAAGUACUAGCUGUGAUAAUGAAUUUAGACCAUAAUAAAGCACACGGCCCAGAUAAUAUUCCAGCGCGCCUACUGAAAGAGACAGCCGCGCAGAUUGCACCAUCUCUCUGUUCUCUUUUCAACAAGUCUUUACGUAUUGGCGUUGUGCCUGACGAUUGGAAACUCGCUAACGUGGUCCCUGUUUACAAACACGGAGAAAAAGCGGAGGUAGAAAAUUACCGACCAAUUUCACUACUGUCCCUUAUCUCAAAAACCCUCGAACGUUGUGUAUUUAACAACAUCAAACAUCAUGCUUAUGAUCAGAUAAACCCUUGCCAAAACGGUUUUGUGCCGAAAAAAUCCUGCAUCACCCAACUCAUCGAAGUCCUUGAUCACAUUGGCCGUGACUUAGAUCGUGGUAAACAAAUUGACGUAAUUUAUUUAGACAUGUCAAAGGCCUUUGAUAAA